AUAGGGCAGUCGUAUGGCCAAAGAAGACCAUCCUUAACCGUGCUCCUCAAACGAGUUCUCGAAGGCAUUCCAGACGGAGGACAGAUACUUAAGGUAAACACAUUCGGAAAAAAAUCAGUAACGUAGAACCAUAACAGAGUGUUUUGAUAGAUGUAUGUUAAUUAGUUUACGCGAUUAAAACAAAGACAGCUUAAAACAAGACACAGCAUCUACAGCAAACUGAACAACGAAAAGAUUGCUAGUUUAAGUGACAUUAUUUAGUUAUACUUCUAUUAUUAGACUAUUUCUUUAAAGUCACUCACUGCAUAUAUUGGCAACCUGGCAUAAAAUUCAGUAUUUUUUAUUAUCAUCGAUAUAUUUACUACUAUUUAAACCACAGCAAUGAGUAAUUUAAUUGUUGAAGUUGAAUAUCUUUUUAAUAGAGGAUAAAAUAUUUUUGGAAGCUCACACUUACCAAGGUCAAUAUUAUAUUGUAUAAGUCUUCGUCCUUCCAUACCAAAUAAGAAUCCUGCGGCUUGUUAAAUCACUGAAUGUUAUGCUCAAAUACGUUAGUAGGCGUUAUUCAUUGAUUAUUCAUGCGCGAAGGGUUAGGAAAUCACGAUUCUUAAUAAGGAAAAUGUGAUAGGAAGGACUGACCAAGGCUACUCUGAAAGAAAAAUCCGCGUUGCUCCAGCUUGGAGAUAAGAUAAGAAAUCAGAAGGCACUUGCCCAGAUGCUCUACCACUGAGCCACAGGAGACUAGUGGGAGCUGAGGCGUAGUUACUGCAUACUGCUGUAAUAUCGAAAGCUGGCAUAUACACAAUGAUGUGACGUUGAGUUUUUAUAGCCUGAUAGAUUUAUUAGAAUUAUCGUUUCUACGGUCAGGGACACAAGCUCUUAGAUAUGAGGGAGUUUGUCUGGCUAUUCUCGUCUUAAAUUUUUACCACACCUUUUGCCCUUCACUAACAGACUGAAUAGAAAUUAAUUUUAUUCUACGGGAAUUCGGAAGAACAUUUUCACGAGGAAAUGUUCAUUUUAAUCAUCCGUUUGUUCAUUUGCGCAAUUACCAUGCUAAUGCAUCUUCAAUAACACCAUUGGAAUGUCAUUUUCUUUUUGGUAAAGUCUAUUAUGCCUUGAAAAAACAUCACCAUCAAUAACAUUGUCAUUUACAUUUUUGAAAGUCAUUACUUACAAGUGAUGAAUGGAUAAGUUUAUUAAAAAGCGGAUUUAACAUUCCAUGCUUUUGGGGCACCCUGCGCUCUUUCUAGCCGUAUACUCAAAAUUUUUGCUCCCUAACUGGAAUGUUCUGAUAACCGAGAACAAGCUCGGCGGCAAGGCAUUCCACUAACUUGCAGUGCAUUGACAAAUUAUUCUCUUAGAGGCAUCUCAAAGGCGUAUGAACGAUACUAAUUAUGGCUACAGAGUGCGCAAGGUGGUCGGUACAGAUUCAUGCAGACAUAAGUACCGCGUUGUCUUAGCCGCCAACCCAUGGAUGGUUAAAAAACUUUGUUUGUUACAGACGGCAAUGUACUUGUCAGAAAUGACUUUCAAAAAUGCAUGCAUUAGCAUGGUAAUUGCGCAAAUGAAAAAAGGGAUGAUUAAAAUGAAUAUUUCCUCGUGAAUAUAUUCUUCCCAAGAUGUUAUUGAAUUUCCAUGAAAUAAAAUAUAUUUCUAUAUCCUUUUAAGGAAUGGCAAAAGGUGUAUUGCUCGUCAUUCAGUCUGAAUGAACAAAUCGCGUCAUCAAAGAGAGAUUCGCGCGUCGGCUAUUGAAAAAUGAGAAAGAAAAGAAAACUACAUCGAAUAUCUUCUUUCUUCCCGCUUUCUCCCUCCCGUUUUCUUUUUCCUGCACUAGUUCCCAUAGACUCACGAGCGUCUAGACUGUAACAUACAACUUAGUCGAGGAGAGUGGAGGUUAGGGAAAUACGUUUGCACUAGUCUGUCAAAGGGAAAGCACCUAGUUUUGUCCUGAAAUAUAAACUGCAGCUGUAUUUUUAACUUGUCUUUCAUUCUUAUUUUCAGGAAUUAAUUCAGAAUGCAGAUGACGCCGGCGCCACAGAAGUAAAGUUCUUAUUCGACUCUCGUGACAAUGCGUUCGGUACCACUUCAUUGAUCAAUGUCGGUUUGUCAAAGUUCCAGGGCCCUGCUCUGUAUGUGUAUAAUAAUGGACUGUUCACAGAAAAGGACUGGGUCGGAAUCGAGUCCAUUAUGCAGGGAUCCAAGAAAAGGGAUCCAGUCGCUGCCGGACGCUUUGGGAUUGGCUUUAACUCCGUUUAUCACGUGACAGGUAUAGCCUUCUAAUAGGAUGAGCCGCUAGGUAGACGAAGCAACAACGUGUGCACUGGUUCAAGUGCAUGGGCUUUUAAUUGAUCCUACCUCCUUCUAUUUCUACAACAUUGCACACAAUAAAUUUUAUUAUGUGUCCACCAUCUGCAACAUUGCGUACAACGGCGUGAUGCAGUUUUUUUCUUUAGUGUCAAGGUUUUUUAAUUAUACCGUUCAGCGAGGUCAGUUGCGACUUAUGGUCCACUUUCCAUAAUCUGUCGAUCUAUUCAAGACCAUAUCACCGUUCAGUUAAAGUCCUUAAUAUGUAAUUAGCUAUUACUCUAUUAUUUAGGGGUAUGAGGAGAUUUUACACCAAGGUACUGUCCUCUUAUAAAGUUUCAUUUUACAGCACAUUUGGUUAUAACUUUGUAGAUUGCUUAGUGCCAAGUGAUUACUCAUUAACUGGUAAUUCGUUAUCCCAUUCAUGACACUUAAUUUUCACAAUUCUUUCUUACAGACCUUCCUAGUGUUGUCAGUGAUCAUCACAUCGCCUUCCUGGAUCCUCAAGAAACGUAUUUUGGGCCUGAAGAAACAGGUAGAAGGUACAAUAUGCGAGAACCGCUAUUACAGCAGUACAGGGAUCAGUUUACUCCAUAUGAAAAUGUACUCGGAUGCCAGAUCUCUUCUGGACGAUUUGACGGCACACUCUUUCGUCUUCCCUUAAGAAAAUGGCCAUCAAAAAUAUCAAUCAAGCCGUACACAGCAGGAAAAGUUAACAGCCUCUUCGAGUCAUUCAUGGAAGAAGCACCAAUAAUUUUGCUUUUCCUAAAGAACGUAGAGUCUAUUAGUAUUUACGAGACGACCUGGACCGAGCUAGAAAAGAGAAUUUUCACCGUUAAAAUCAAGGAGGAAUUAAGGGAUUCAAUUCGAGAAGCGAAGCAUAAGUUUGUUGAUAUGGCGACAAAAUUUCUCACCAAACCUUACGAAAUGAGUUAUGAGACCACUGUUGAAAUUGAUAGGCCGGACAAACACAAUUCUCAAAGCAGGUUCAUAGUCUUGAAUCGGGUCGGACAUGAAAACUUGAGAUUAACAGAACUUUCCUCAACACUGCGAAUGAUACCUUGGGCUGGAGUUGCGGCAACGUUGGAUGUACCACUAGAGAAUACCAGAACAAGGAAUGGACGAGUAUUUUGUUACCUUCCCCUUCCGACAGAGUCAGACUGCAAAACAGGUCUGCCAGUACACGUUCAUGGCGCCUUCGGGCUAACAGACAACCGUCGAAAUCUCAAGUGGCCAGGACCAGAGAGCCAAAUCGAUGACGCCGCAGAAUGGAAUCUUCUUCUCACUCGGGAUGUUGUUAGUAAAGCUUACGCAAGUCUCAUUGUAAAGCUCACACAGAUGAAGUACCCCAGAGAACAAAUGCUUCCCUUUGUUCACAGUAUCUGGCCAGAUCUAGAUCUUGUCCAAAGCCACUGGAAAUUUCUCCUGAAGCCUUUCUUCGCAGAACUGAUUGAUAAAGCAGUAUUUUGGACUCCAUCACUUGGAGGAAGGUGGAUCGCGUUAGAAGAGGGAAUUUUGGAUCGACUAGAUCGUUCCCCAAACAAAAUCAGAGAAGAACUGCGCGACGUAGUUGUUGGCACACUUCUUCAGGCUGACAAACCAGUCAUCUCACCUCCCUAUCAAGCUAUGAAAGCUAUCGACCAAUAUGUUCAACAUCAUGUCCGGAGACCUCGGGAAAUAACGCCGUCAUACGUACGUGCUGUACUCAAAGAAAACGUGCAACGUUCAGAGACGAACGACUUGUAUGUUGAAAAGGACGCCAUAUUUCAUCGUGGAGUAACUGAUGCACAUUUGGGCUUUCACAGCCUGAAGGGAAUGGAGAAAGAAAUCGGUAGAGACUUAAGAGGCAACAAAGGCUUGAACGUUGAACGUCUUAGUAAAAGGGAGAAAUUGCUCCUUUUGGAGUACAUCCUCUUGGAUAGAAACUUUUCAGAGCUCAGUGGUCUUCCCCUUCUUCCCCUUGCAGACGAGACCUUUCAAAAGUUCCGAGCUGACAUUCAUGGAUAUAGUCCAGAACAAAGUGUGCUGAUUGCAUCUCGAAGCCAUCCACGAAGCCUCAUUCCAGGACGGGGUAGUAAAUUCUUGGACGAGAAGGUGGGUGCAGCCCUGGUAGACACUUUGCGUUCUCUUGCGGGGGAUAUGGAGAGGGAACAUACAGGACCAACUCAACUGGUGAGGCUGUCGCCUUCACUUGUACCAAAGCUACUCCGUGAAAGUUUGCCUGACGUUUGGAGAAAGAGUUCUGUUGUCGUUCCUUGGUCUGAUACCGAUGAGACUCUACCUGACGAUCUCUGGUUAAGGGGGCUAUGGACCUGGCUUAAAUCUGAGUUCCCCAAAGAUCUUUCCCCAUUCGAAGGUAUUCCUCUUAUUCCACUGGCAGACGGGAGGUCAGACAAGCGACAGCUCAUAAAAUUGAAGCAUGAUCAUCGUGUCAUUCAGAGUUCUUCUUACUUUGCGUCUUUACCAAGAACUGUGGCAAAUGCACUACAAAAGGCGGGGUGCAUCGUUCUCCAUCACUUAGCCCCAUUUUGUGAUCAUCCAGCUUUGAAAUACUACAUCGAGCCACCGACGCCCUCCGGUGUACUUAAGGUGCUUGCAACAGGUUUUAAUGAGGCAGGAAAUGACUAUCUUAUCAGCUGUUCUGUUGACGAGAAAUUGACGAUCCGAGCAUUUCUUUCUAGCUUGAGGAAUCCUUCUGACGAUGAAGUACUAGCACUGAUGACGUUGCCGAUAUUUCAAACAUUGGACGGCACGACAUUUACUUCAGUGCAACCGGGCAGACCACUAACAGGCACAAAACUUGACGUCGCCCCUCCAAGACUACAUCUUCCAUCGGGUACCAAGAUUCCGAAUGCAAAACAGAUACUCUCGGCUGCUGAUGACGACUCUUACCAACUACUGCGACGACUUCCGGUUCGGAUCCUAAACACGUCAAGCUUUCUUAUCGACAAGGUGUUUCCUUACGUCGAAAGCGGAACCUUUUAUUCUAGAGAACAAGUGUCAGACUUAAUGUUUUGGGUGAUCCAAAGGCUACCUGCCUUAUCAAGCGACAAUAAGUCAUUUCCAGAUCAUUUAAAGACUGUGAGGUUUGUUCCAGUUUCGAAUGGUAGCUUGAAGCCUCCUUGCGAGCUCUACGAUCCCGAGGAUGACUUAAUCCAAAAACUGUUUGAAGGCGAAUCAGAUCUGUUUCCUGCUGAAGAAUUUGCCAAAGCUCACACGCUAAGCUUGCUUCGUGUGUUCUUAGGCCUGAGACGAAGUCGCUUCCUGGAAGCUAAAGACGUCCUCUUGAUUGCCAAGCAGAUCACUCAAGCUCCAGAGGAUUCUGCCCUAAGGAGGGCCGAGGCACUGACGCAGUUUUUAAAAGAUAACUCAUAUCUGGUUGAACACGAGGUAAACUUAGAAGAAAGUGCCGGGCUUGUCAAGAGAGUCUCUCUGGGAAGCGUUCUAUCUAGUCUGCCCUGGCUCCCAGCAGCUCCAGAACCUCUCAGCAAAUACCCAUCACGUAUGCCUUGGUUCGGUGUUGCAAGAAGACUAUACUGUCCAAAGGACAUGAGAGACGCGGACAUGGUCAACAUCAUUGGUUCAUCUAUGCCUGUGCUCCGAGAGAAUCUUGACGAAAAACUCAAGAAAGCCUUUGGGUGGAGUUUUCCACCUCCGAUUUCGUACGUUGUGGACCAGUUGAAAGGCGCGAUUUCUUGGCACCAACAAGAGUUCAAAUCUUCUGAAAUGGAACUACUCAAGUUUCAAGCAAUGUUGAAGGAUAUCUACAGUCAUCUUUCGAGUGAAAUGGUAAUAGAUGAGGCUUUUCUUGUCCUCAAGGAGUAUUCGUCUCUGUCGUGGAUAUGGCAUGGGUCAGGCUUCGCAAGGCCAAGCUGUGUUGCCUUGAAAAAUGAAUGUCAACUGGAACUUAGACCUUAUAUGUUUGUUUUGUCUGACGAUUUUCAGAAGUAUUCCUCGCUAUUUAAACGCUGUGGCCUGUUGGAAACUUUAAAUGAUACUUCAGCCCUGAAUGCACUGUAUAUGAUUCGAGAUUGGCACCAGGAGAAGAAAAGAAGCAUGGAGGAAGUCAAGCGCGAUCUUCGGGUGGCUUGCGACGUUCUGGAUUACCUGACGAGAGACGGAACACCUCUUCCUCCUGAAAUUCGCAAAAACGUUUUAACUCCAAUUCAGACCGAAGACGACGUGCUCAUUCUUCAACCGUGCUGUGAUGUCAGUUUCUGCGAUGCGGAGUGGUUGAGGCUCGGCAACUCCGAUAGCGACAUCACCGAGGUUGGACUUAUGGUGCACAAGUGCAUUUCCACUGAGACGGCACAGCUUUUAGGAAUACCCCCUUUGAGCAGACAUCUAGCGGUAACCGAGACUCUCGGUUUUCAGCAGAGUGGCCCACACGAACCAGUCACCACGCGUCUGAAAAAUAUACUGAUAGAUCACAGCGACGACCUAGCUAUGUUCAAGGAGCUAAUUCAGAACGCAGACGAUGCAGGGGCAAAAGACGUGAAGUUCCUUGUUGACUGGAGAAAAAACAAUACUGAGAAACUCUUAUGUCCUGGUUUGGCGGAAGCUCAAGGGCCUGCGUUAUGGGUCUACAAUGAUGCUUGCUUUACGGACAAGGACUUUGAGAAUAUCAACAAACUUGCAGGAGCUACCAAGUUUGGAAAUGAAGACAAACUUGGACGAUUCGGAUUAGGGUUCUCCACAGUGUACAAUAUUACUGAUCUCCCAAGCUUUAUUAGCCGAGAGUUCAUUGCAUUCUUUGAUCCCCAGACAGCGUACCUAGGAGACCUAAUCACAGACAAAUCUCGCCCUGGGAUUCGACUAAAUCUCAAGAGGAAUCCAAAAGUGGUCAUUGCUUUUCCAGAUCAAUUCAAACCUUACCAAGGAAUAUUCGGAUGCACGUUUGAGAACGACGACGAACACUUUUUCUACGAUGGAACGCUGUUCAGGUUUCCGUUACGAACCAUGAGACAAGCCAGUGAAAGUGAAAUUUGCAGCAAGUAUUACGACGAGAAUCACUUUGCCUGCUUGAUCUCGGCCCUUCAAGAAAAUGCGACAAAGAUGAUGCUCUUCUUAAAGAAUAUUAGCACAAUAAGCCUUUCUCAAAUAUCAGCGUAUCAAAAUCCUUCCAGCGCAAAUAGAAUUUUUGAGGUUACGAAAGAGACGCUGGAGACAUUCUCACGAAGAGACUUAGCUCGUAAAGACAAGAACAACAAUCACAAAGAAGUACUUUCAAGUGACCUCAAUGAAAUGUCAAACUUAGACGAACAAUAUGAUGAAUGUCCAAGUCUAUCCAAGCUAGUUUCGCUCAAAUUUCAAACCUACCCAAGCGUCACAACCCAGAACACAAACAUGCAAACCUGUCGUACGUGGUUAAUAACGUCAUGUUAUGGAGACAGAAAAUCGCUGGAAAUGGCAAACAGCGAAGAUGGGAAGCUCAAUGGUUUAAUACCCAAGGCUGAGGUCGCUACUCUACUGUCAAGCUCUAACAAGAGUAACGGGCAAUGGAGCCCGGAGAAAAUCGUAGGAGAGGUUUUCUUUGGCCUUCCGCUUGGAGUGGAAACAGGCUCACCGGUUCACGUAAAUGGGCGUUUUGCAGUGACAGCCAAUCGCCAAAACUUGUGGGAAGAUACUGGUGGUGGCAUGUACUCGCAAAAGCCGAUCGAAGUACUUUGGAAUCAGUACCUGCUGGAAGACGCUGCUUCAAAGGCCUAUGUACAGCUGCUAGAAGAGAUUGCAACUCUUCGAGAACAGGGAAAAGUUAUGGAUCUCUCAUUUGAUGCUAUUUGGCCAGAUCCAGAGAAAGCCCCUUCCAAGACGUGGAAAACGUUUGCGCACAGUGUCUAUGAGAAGAUUUGCAGUAGUUCCGUCCCUCUUGUGAAAACACAGUUGCGGUGGGUGUCGAUUAAGGAAAGUGUCUUUUUGGAUGAGAACGUGAUGAUGCUACCUGAAAGCCUCCCGAUAAUGUGGACAUGUGGCUACAAUGUUGUUCAACUUCCAAGAUUCGUAUCCGUCGCUUUUCAAAAAUGCGUCCCAUCGAUCGUUGAACAAACCGUCACGUUGGAGAAGUUUGUCUGCGACGUGUUUUUCCCCAACAUUGCUUCCCUGCCGAGAGAUUUGAGAGAUCCAGUUACAUGUCACGUAUUGGAUGAAUUUUUCAGGGGUACUCGCAAGUUUGAAAAACCUUUAAAACAGACAAAGUGCAUCCCAACCUCACCCAUGGGAAUUCAACUAUCUCGACCAGGGGAUUUAAUUGAUCCAACUGGUGCUGUCAGCACCCUUUUUCUUGACGAAGAACCUGUCUUUCCAAGUGGUACCAGCUUCCUUCGACCUGAGCGACGUGCGGCAUUAAAAAAACUCGGAAUGGUGGAUAGCUUAAUGGCAUGGGAAGGGAUCUGCGAAAGGGCCAUAUUUAUCUCCUCGUUGGCUAAUGAAGACACGCAAAAGGCAUUACCGCUGUCACGGAACCUAAUGAAAUAUUUAAACAACAACAUGUGUAAGUUAUCUCCUCCAAACACAACUCAGCGAAAACUGCUCUCUGAGAUACGUUUUCUCCCAGUCAUGGACAAACCUACAGAAUACUGCCUGCCAUGGAGAGGUGCUGAAGGUCGAGAAACUAAUUUUCUCUCUGCCAGAGAGUUAUGCCGGGAGGAUUCAAAAUACUUGCUUGGGUCAGUUAAGCCAUUCUUAGAUGAAUCUCCAGAGACAGGAUGUGACCGUUUAACCAAAGACGUGGCAAAGCUACUGGGAUUUGCUAAUCAGCAUAAUACGAUGGAGAACGUCCUUUUACAACUUCAAUAUGCUGUUCAUGGGUUGGUGGCAUGUGAUGCCGCUAACAGAGAGUGCACGAGAAAGGUAUGCAUUGCUGUGUAUCAGUUUCUUCAAGACAGGAUUAACACAUCGGACAGGCAAGUCCUGCUAGAUCAACUAAAUAAACAGCCAUGGAUAUUUGUAGAUAACAAGUUUGUAACGGCGAGCCAAGUAGCAUUUUCAUGGCAUUACCACGGAGACCCCUUCCUUUACUGCCUUCCAGAAGAAUUCACCUUGAAAUUCAAAGAACUAUUUAAGGCACUUGGAGUUCGGGAGUCUUUUUGUAGUCAGGACUUGGUGGACAAACUUUUCAUGUUCGAGGAGACAAAGCAAGGCAAGCCUCUAACACCUCAAGAGUUUAGGACCGUUAAAACAUUCCUUGAGGAAAUUGUCUUGAUGGACGACCAAGUCUUGGAUUCGUAUUUUGGGCACUUACCAUUGCCAGAUGUGAAUCUUGUGCUCACAACUGCAGGAGACCUUGCAAUCAACGAUUCGUCGUGGAUCCACCACGAAGAGAAAAUGAAGUGCCUCCACAGUGAUAUUUCUCCAACACUGGCCCACAGAUUUGGCGCCCAAACGAUUCGUGAACAAAAAUUAGACAAAUAUUCUCAUACCAUCGGAAGACCAUUUGGUCAAAGCGAACGCCUCACACGUAGAAUAAAAACUGUGUUAGAAUCCUAUCCAUGCGACGCUGGAAUUCUUAAAGAAAUAAUCCAAAACGCCGAUGACGCUGGGGCUACAGAGGUACAUUUUGUACACGACCCACGCCAACAUGGUACCACUCGUAUUUUGUCGGAGAAAUGGAAAGACCUUCAGGGACCCGCUCUAUGCAUCUACAAUGAUUGCGCCUUCACAGAAAGCGAUAUGGAGGGGAUACAGAGACUUGGAAUUGGAAGCAAGGUAGAAAGCCCUGAGAAAACGGGAAAAUAUGGAAUCGGGUUUAAUGCCGUAUACCAUUUGACAGAUUGCCCAAGCUUCAUCACGAAUGGUGAGGUACUCUGUGUACUUGAUCCACACGCCCGACAUGCACCAGAUGCAACUACAGAAUUUCCUGGACGCCGCUUUGAGCCCCUUGACAAUGAGUUCUGGAAUCAUUUCGCCGAUCUUAGACCCGGUUAUUUGGAAGAGUUUUUCGAACUGAAAAACUCAACUUUGUUCCGCCUUCCAAUCCGAACAGAUUCACAGGCCAUGAAGUCUGAAAUCUCAUCAAAGUGUUUCAGUAAUUCAGACAUUGACCACUUGCUGACAAUUUUUGAAGGGGAGAUUCGGGAUAUUUUGCUGUUCCUCCAAAGUGUGAAGAAAAUAAUUAUCUCACGGAUAGAAAACAACAGACUGGUAAGAAGAUACGAGGCAACUGCAACGAUCCAACGUGCCGAUCUAUCGAAGGUUCGUGCUCUUGAUGCAGAAAUAAUGCGAUGUAGGGGACUUAAAGCCAACUGCAUCCCUUGGUUCGGGACUACUUACACCAUCACCAUUCAAGACACUCUCGGACGAAGAGAGGGGUGGGUUGUUCAACAGUGUCUUGGAUCUCGAAUGUAUGGAGAAAAGACGUUAAUCCCAGAAGGAAGUAAUUAUGGACUGCUCCCUCGAGCUUCUGUGGCAGCACGUGUAGUUACAAAUGAGGGUCUAAGCCCCUCACGACGGAAACGUUCUUUAAAUUCACCAUCACAGACAAGCCAGAACAGCAAGAUUUAUCGUGCCUUUUGCUCUCUUCCACUGCCCAUUGAGACAGGUCUUCCCGUUCACGUCAAUGGGCAUUUUGUACUUGAUCGUUCCAGGAGAAACCUCUGGAGAGACGAAGGCGGUCACGGUCAAAGAACACAAUGGAAUGAAUUUAUCAAGAAUCAUGUUCUGGCUCCGGCCUAUGCAGAGCUAAUUGAAGCUGCUAGGAAUCACAUUCCUGGCAUUUCAGAGGGUAUCCACUGGCACUUCAGUGACAUCAAAGAUGUAACUAGUGGUUUGAAAUGGUACCAUGGUCUCUUUCCUGAUCUAGAAAGCAUUCACAGCGAGUGGAAAGGCAUUGCUUUGACUGUGUAUAAAUUGCUGGCAAAUUCCAACCAACCUGUCCUUCCAAUUAUACGCGGUGAACCGCCUCUUACAAACAUAGUGGCCUCCCCUCUAAGGUUUUCCAUGUAUGGCACAAAUUCACAUUGCAAUUGUUUAUGGGUUCCACCAUGCAGUGACAAAGAUGACCAAGAGGCAUUUUUCAGCGUCCCUUCCGAUCCAGAUCUGGAGGAACUAUUGCUCAAAGUUGGCCUUCCCAUCGUUCACGUACCGCCAAACCUCUAUUAUAAUUUUAAAGAAGCGGGAGCUAUAGUGAAAACAGUGAGUCCUGACAUCGUUUUGGCUUACCUUGCAAAAACGAGGCAUUCUAUGCUAGCGCUUCCGUGCUCUAUCAAAAAAACUACCUUCAAAGACGCCAGUGACCUUAAGCGAUUGGUACAGUUCUGCAUGGAAGACGAAAAUUUUCUUCAACGUUUAAAUGGUCUUCCCCUCCUACUUACCGAUGACGAGGUGCUCAGAGAAUUUGAUCAGAACAAUCCAGUUUUUCUCACGCCAUUUUCAAGUCUUGUGCCUUCGCAACCAGACCUCUUUGUCAACAAAGAAUUUAUUCCAUUGUUUGCCAAGUACUCAACGAAUCAGCUUUGCAAGGCGGGGGUCUUUAAACGUUUCGACACUAAGUCUAUUGAACCUUUCUUGAUCCAAAUUCUGCCAUCUCGAUGGUUUGCUUGUGACAGGCAUGUCUCAUGGGAACCAAGCGAAGCUGUUUUACCGUCAGUUGAGUGGUUAACAACACUUUGGGAAUUAAUCGUGAACACGUACCAAGAAAGGCAAUCAAACUUUGAAGAUAACGAAGAUGCUUCCGAAACACUGCGACCACUUGAUGACUGGCCCAUUCUCCCGACCUCUAAGGGAACUCUUGCGCCACUGUCCCUCGGCAAGACAGUGUUGGAUUUAAGUUCUCGCAUCCACGACGACGAUAGAAUGGUGAGGAUCCUAUGCAAACUCGGAAGCUCGCAAAUAGAUUUUAGCGUUCUGACAAGGGCAAACAGAGAAGAGGCUUCCGUGAUUGUAUCGUCACACCUCGCAAAGCCAUACUCACGACAAGAUGUUAUCAGUGUCUUGCAUUAUUUGUCUAAAGAUGAUAACUUCCAUUGCGACCUCAGUCAAAGGGAAAUUACUACUCUUCUUAGAUUUCUGCAAGAAGACGUAACGACCGUGUACAGCAACCAAUCUCUACUGAAGAAACUCCCCCUUUACAAGACAUUAAAUGGGAGGUUGGUUAGCCUCGAUUCGUACACCUUUUCUUAUGUCGUUGACCUACCGCAGUGUGUGCCAUUGGCAGAGGUAGAGGAUCGCAUAGAGGAAGACAGUUGCGUCCUGCUAGAAGCAAUACAAGAAAUCGAACCGCUUUAUAAGGCACUUGACAUCACUUUCCUUUCUCAAGUUGAAGUCUUCGUAAAGUAUAUCUGGCCAAAUCUUGAUGUUAUGUCUUCAUCGAGUAUUAAAGUAAUUCUCCAGUACAUCAGAGACACACUCCUUGUCACCUUGAAGAACAGUCGUGAGAGAACCACUCUCCUAGAAACCCUGCGAGAGACCAAUAUCUUUCCAAGUGACGGUGGAACCCUCUUUCCUGCUAGCAGGUUUUAUGAUCCUGAGAAUGCAGUGUUCAAAGCAAUGCUUCCUCUAAGUGACUUUCCACCGGAGGAGUACAGAUUGUCCCACUGGCUUCCGAUGCUCCGACAGAUUGGUUUAAAGCAAACCGUAACACAGCAGCAAUUUAUCGAGUUUACCGAAGACUUGGCCUCGGAGGCUACGACUCGAUUUAAGGAUCCAUUAAUACAAGACAAAUCCAAAACACUAGUCACGUGCUUAUUUCAGCAAGAUGAUUUGCAUGAUCCAAGCUUUCUUCACAUCGUCUCAAGCAUAAAAUUUGUAGCAGCAGAAGUCGCAGCAAUUGAGCUGAGAAAACUACAGCCCCAAUUUGGUUGCCCUUCAGUUGAAGACGUUCCCCCUUUCACUGAAUUCCAUGGCGCUUUACCGUCUGAGCAACAGAGACUUGCCUGGACUUGUAUGCCUCUUCUCCCAGCUUGGGCUACUCCACAAACCGCCGAGAAACAGUUACUAGAGGACCUCGGAGUCUCACCUCUUCCGCCACUUGAUAAAGUCAUAAAUCACGUUAAUUUUCUAACAAAGGCGCACAUUGGGAACGUUCACAAAGACACUCCCAAAGAGCAAAGAGAGCUUCUGCAUGAUGUCAUAUGCGAGUCAUUCAGUUUCAUGAAGAGCGAGUGCAAUUGUCCUGGCACGGCCUUGUCUGAAAGAUGUACCAAGUCAUGUCUUGCUAUUGAAACCAUUCUGAGGAAGACCCCAUGUAUUCCCGUUGAAGAAGGACGGGUGUUUGUUCAAGGAAGUCAAUUGGCGUUUGAAACAACAAUAGAACUUGCACCCUACUUCUAUAAGGUACCACGAGAGUAUGGUCACUUUGAACAUCUGAUCAAAAGACUUGGGGCAACUGAAAAACCCACACCAUCACAAUUUGCAGAUAUACUUGGGAGGCUUAAAGAGGUGUGUCAAGAUAAACACAUGGAACCAAACGAGAAAAGAGUGGCAAGAGAGGCAACGCAUGGCUUCUUUACAACACUGUCACUGUUGGUGAAAGAAAAGAGUGAAGAAGCCGCAGCUCGACGUCUGGCAUCACUUAAUGAACUUUACUUACCUAGCAAAGAAGGUUUUCUUAAGCAAUCAAACGAACUGAUAUUUCACGAUUGCCCAAGUUUUGAGCGACGUGCAAGGGACUUUGCUGGCGACUUUGUAGACAUAAGUCGGGAGGGCGAACUCACUGCAGACCGCCUUUCAUACCUCUUAAGUCUACUACCAUUGCGCCUAAGAGCUAAAACUAUUCAGCAUCUGCUGCGAGAGGAGAUUCAUCCAAGCUGCAGAGACAAGCGCUGUAUAGCAGAUAGUGCCCUUGGUUCAAACGAUUCCUGUCCAUUCGUGAACAGAUAUCGGAAUGUACUGUUGUCUCCAAAGCUAGUGAAUGGUAUUCUCCGAGUUAUCCGUCACCAAAGACAAACGCCUAAUCUUCCACAAGAAGUAAAAGAUCAAGUCCAGGUUCUUUGCAGCUCCCUGAGUGUGACAUGCAUGGCCUCACUGGACACCCACCUAGUUCUUUUAGAAUCAGGACGGUCACUUAAGGACAGUAAUGAGACACAAGACUGUUUCUUAGAAGAAGAAAAUGGAGAAUGGGAGUUAUUUAUAAGGCAUGGCACGGACGAAAACCCUCUACACAUCCAGCUGUGUUUUCAAGUAAAUCGUUUGAUUCGCAACCAAAUAGAGAAAGAGAUUUACCUUCAAGCGAUGCUAGCUUGCAGGGUACCGGAUGAGAUUCUCCCCUCUCUCGACAGAUGUGGAGUCGCUCAAGACCUCAUGGGGAGUGAGGCGCGGACUACAGAACCUGUUCUUGGAUCAGAGAUACCAGUCAUGUAUCACUACCUUCUCAGGCAAGAUAUCGAGUACUUUUUUCGACAAGGCGAAAUAGUGGGCUACGAGAAAGAGCACCGAACGAAAGAUGGUGAAAUCGAUGACAGUGAGCCUCUUUAUGUGUACGCAAAAGUAGUAAGAAAAGUACCUAAUCGUAAACGGUCUAUGGGCACCAGUAAGUUUGAUCUCCAAGCUAAAUAUCGCAUCGAUAUUGGGGAACCUCGCCUCGUGGAGGUCAGCGUUUUGGAUUUGUAUAAGUUUGAUCGCUCUGUUAAAGAGGUGCCGACCGUGCCUAUUGAACUCUCAGACUCUCUGGAGGUAACGCUCUUUACUGGAGAUCCCAACAACACUGAGCAAAAGUCAGCUACAAGAAACGAACGCCUAGAGAGAGCAAAGCGAGAAAUCAAAGACACUCUUUGGGAAGCUUGGAAGUUGCCUGAAAAUGAGAGAAGGAAAGUCAUAAAACGCUUGUUUUUGCGGUGGCAUCCAGACAAGAAUGUUGGCUGCGAUAUCGCUAAUGACGUCAUGCAGUUCCUGCUCAACGAAAUAGAAAGAAUGGAGAAGCUCUUCCCUUCUUCUUGGAGGGACAAUUUACGAGAUGCAAAAGAACAGGGACAUAGCGACGGUGGUGGAGGAUUUCACGAUUUCUUCAACCAGUGGAAUCAGCGAGCUCGGCAGGAGAGACAAACGUACAACACCUUCAAGCGACAGGCACAUCAGGGAACGCCGUACGCCAAACGGUCGACCAACCCUCAGAGAAACGAAGCAAAGCGGUGGCUGAAACAAGCAAAGGAGGAUCUAACGGCCGCUAGAAACAUGCACGCUCAAGAGGCGACCUUCUCAGCUUUGGUUUGCUUCUUAUGCCAGCAAGCCACAGAAAAGGUUUUUAAGAGUGCUCUGUACGCCGCCUGUGGCAUCUCUGAAAGCCAACUGGAGACACACGAUGUGUUGAACCUUGCGUACGAAAUUACUGAACUAGAUGGGUCGCCUGAGGACAUUCCUGUCCUUGCGGCCAAACUGAAGAAUUACUACGAACAGACCAGGUACCCUCACUAUCACAGAGGUGACGUCAUACCAUCUGAUGCGUUCACUUUUGAACAAGCGCAAGACGCAUUGGAGAUAGCUGAAUUACUCAUGGAUAAAAUAACACAGUUUGUAAAUGACAAUUUUGCUCAAGUGUCGUGA